AUGUACUCGUCGACAACUGUUACCAAGACCGUUAACGAAAACACUGGAAGAUGGGAUCUCAAAGAGACCCAAUUCUUCAGAGGCAAUGCCAAAUCCCUGGAAUGGCUCUUGAUCACUGGACAAGGUGUCGACCGAAAUGGUGAGUCAGUGAGGGCGUUGACCCGUAACUUCGAUCGAAAAGUGAGAGAGACUGGUGUUUCACGAACCUCUGAAAGGGCCGAUGAGGUACUAUCUUUAUCAGAUGACACCGAAUCCACCCUAAAAAUGAUGCUCGAAAGUCACCUGGGAAAAAAUCGAGAAGAUGUACCCGACAUCGUGGUAUUAUUCCUGAAGACGAAGGAUCAGCAUCUUUAUUCCAGCUUCAAGUUUCUUACAGAUACUUUCUUUAUCUUGCAGUCGAUCUGCGUCACUGAAGAUAAGAUGAGACCAAAGAAUCUCAAUUGGAGCAACGACUCUGCCCCCGGACAAUACAUGGCCAAUGUUGCUAUGAAAGCGAAUCUGAAGAUGGCUGGAAUCAAUCACUCAGCGCAAGGCGUGGAAGAGCAGCUGAAAAACACCAUUGUAAUUGGUGCAGACGUCACUCAUCCAGGAAGCGGAGCGUUACAGGGUACGCCUUCGAUCGCGGCUAUUGUCAGCUCUCUGGAGGCCAAUGGCGGAAGGUUUCGCGGCAACAUGCGGUUGCAAAGUGCGAAACAAGAGAUCAUCCCUUGUCUCGGGGACAUGCUGAUUGAAGGGUUAUCAGAGUGGUGUCAACUCCACCGGCGCUUCCCCGAGAAUGUCCUCUAUUAUAGAGACGGUGUGAGCGAUGCUCAGUACGACGAAGUUAUCACCAAAGAGCUCUCAACUACCAAGAAUGCGUUCAUCGGAGUAGCCAAACAGUUCAAGAAGCAUGUUCCCGAAUUCAAGACAACUGCGGUCAUCGUCACCAAGCGGCACAAUACUCGUUUCUUCCCCCGUCAAAAAGAUGACGAGAUGCGUGGAAACGGCAACUGUAAACCUGGACUUCUUGUGGAAAGCCCCAUAACGUCACCAUACUACACAGACUUCUAUCUUCAAUCCCACAAGGCCAUCAAGGGGACUGCGCGAUCGUCCCACUACUUCGUUUUACAUAAUGAAAUGGGCAUCGAGAUAUCUCAUCUGGAGGACCUUACCCACAACCUAUGCCAUACAUACGUCCGGGCUACCACAGGCGUGUCUUACGCAUCUCCUGCUUAUUAUGCGGAUAGACUUGUGGAGCGGGGUCGCUGCUACUUGCGCGAAUGGUUCAACCCCAGCAACACUAAACGCAACGCCUACGAGACCUAUCGCCAGCAGGUCGAAGCUGAUGUAGAAGCUCGACGCAAUCGUCCUCAGCGCACUGGAAACCACAAGAAGACGCCAGCAGAGAUACAAGAAGACAAGGCCGAUGGGGAACAGGUUUUGCAGCAAAUGAGAGACUACAUCUGGCCAGUCGUUGAAACUAGAUGGAACACGCCCAUCCAUAACCUCGCUAAUUCAGGCUUCAGACCGAACUCCAAGGCUAAGUAUGACCAUCUCAAGGGGACUAUGUACUGGAUGUAG